UAAAGGGAAAACCUAUGAUUAGGCAAGAAGGUUGCCUCUAAGACUAGAAUUUCAUAGUUUUAAAAGUUCCAUCAGCAGCCAAGGUUACAAUUGCAUUUCAAGUUUCAACCCCAAAGAGUUGCCUUGCACUUCAACAAUCAUAUUUCAUUAGUUUUUAUAUGGCCAAUGAUAUCAUCUCCCAAGAAGCCACAAUUUAGAAGCUCCAAUUCUCAAUCCCCCUCCCAUUACACCUCUUUCUCUCUCUCCCCCUCUCACAGGCACUUAAUCAUCCGAAGACAGGCUGCUUUUCGAGAUAGAUGGAAGGAAAGAAGUUUCUCCACGGAACAUUGGAGGUCACCAUCUUCCAUGCAACACCAUUUAUACCAUCCUUUCCCAUCAGUUGUUUAUUGGCAACCAGUAGGCCAGCAUAUGUGACGAUCAAGAUAGGCCCACACAAAAUGGCAAAGACAACAAGCGAACGUGACAGAAUUUGGAACCAGACCUUCCAAAUCCUUUGUGCUCAUCCAAUUGAUUCAAUCAUCACAAUCACUGUGAAAACCAAGUGUUCCAUGUUAGGGAAGAUACAAUUUGAUGCAAACCAGCUUGUCAGCCAUGCCAGUCUAAUAAAUGGCUUUUUCCCCUUGCUUACAGUAGAUGGAAAGCCCAAACCAAAAUUAGGGCUCCAAUUCAUCUUAUGGUUCAAGCCAGCAGAUCUGGAGCCCAGCUGGGGUAAGUUGAUUGAUAAUGGUGACUUCAAGGGUCUAAGAAAUGCAACAUUUCCACAAAGAUCAAAUUGUGAUGUAAUACUUUAUCACGACGCACACCAUCUUCCGUCUUUUCAACCACCACUUCCCAUCCAUGCAGUUCCAAAAAAGCUUUGGGAAGAUGUAUAUAAGGCCCUCGAGGAGGCAAAACAUAUAAUUUAUAUUACAGGAUGGUCAUUAAAUCCCAAGAUGGUGCUGGUCCGAGAUCCUCAAACAGAAAUCCCACGAGCAAGAGGAGUGGCAAUUGGUGAAUUGCUCAAACAGAAAGCUGAAGAAGGCGUAGCAGUGAGAAUUAUGCUCUGGAAUGAUGAAACAUCUAUACCACUUAUCAAGAACAAAGGCUUGAUGAGAACUCAUGAUGAAGAUGCCUUGGCGUACUUCAAAAACACCAGAGUAGUAUGCAGAUUAUGCCCAAGAUUGCAUAACAAAUUUCCCACGUUCUUCAGUCACCACCAAAAGACUCUAACUGUAGACACCAGAGUAGAGAACUCCCCAAGCAACAGGGAAAUCAUGAGCUUCAUCGGUGGCGUAGAUCUCUGUGAUGGUCGCUACGAUACUGAACAACACUCCCUCUUUCGAACACUGAACACAGAGCACCAUGCCCAUGAUUUCUAUCAAACAAACAUCACAGGUGCUAGCAUUCAUAGAGGAGGACCAAGAGAGCCAUGGCAUGAUGCACAUGCUUGUAUAACAGGUGAAGCAGCCUGGGACGUUCUUACCAACUUUGAGGAGAGAUGGAUUAAGCAAUGUGAUCCUUCUCUACUAAUUCCAGCCAGCACUGUAGAAAACCUCAAUAAGCCUUCUCCUCCAAGUGUUUCUGACAGAAACUGGAAGGUGCAGGUUUUUCGAUCCAUUGAUCAUUUUUCUGCAAGUCCAUUGUCAAACAAGGUUAGCACUGAGCAAAGUAUCCAUGAAGCUUAUGUAGAGGCAAUCAGGAAAGCAGACAGAUUCAUAUACAUAGAGAAUCAGUACUUUAUUGGCGGGUGCAGCUUAUGGGACAAAGAUCAAAACUCUGGAUGCAUAAAUUUGAUUCCAAUUGAGAUAGCGCUUAAGGUGACAAAUAAAAUCCGGGCACGAGAGAGAUUCUCAGUCUAUGUGGUGAUACCAAUGUGGCCAGAAGGGAUACCAGAGAGUGAAAGUGUACAGGAUAUAUUACACUGGACAUGGGAGACCAUGACAGCAAUGUAUAAAUUAAUAGGGCAAGCAAUAAAAGAGACAGGAGAGAAAGCACAUCCUAGAGAUUACUUGAACUUUUUCUGCCUUGCAAACAGGGAAGAAGAGAGAGAAGGAGAUCUUGUUCCUCCAUUUUCUCCUCAUCAUUCAACAUCUUACUGGUCCGCCCAAACAAAUAGAAGGUUCAUGGUCUAUGUUCACUCCAAGCUGAUGAUAGUGGAUGAUUUAUACAUCUUAACGGGAUCGGCGAACAUAAACCAGAGAUCUAUGGAUGGGGCAAGAGACACAGAGAUUGCAAUAGGAUGUUAUCAAACCAGGACAGAUGAUGAGAAACAAAAAAUAGUUUCAGAAAUUGCUGCAUAUCGAAUGUCUUUAUGGUACGAGCACACAGGAAGACUGGAAAAAGUGUUCGAGGAGCCACAUACCCUGGAAUGUGUGGAUAAAAUACGUUCCAUCGGGGAGCAGAUGUGGGAGAUCUACAGCGGACAUGAGGUUGUGGACAUGGAAGGUGUACAUUUGGUAUCUUAUCCAGUGAGUGUGAGAGAGGAUGGUCGGCUAGAAGAGCUAGCAAGCUGCAGAAACUUUCCCGACACACAAGCUCCAAUUUCUGGAAGGAGGUCGAAGAUUUUGCCAUCAAUUUUCACCACAUGACAUACUGAACAGAUAAUUUUCACCACACCAUACUUCAGCUUUGUUUAUAUAACUAGACAAGCACUACACAGAUCGACCGAUAUCUCAGCCAAUAAAAUAUCAAUAUUGAAUAGAGUAUACAACAAGACAAUUCAAACUACGAUUGUAAUUUGUACUUGAGAAAUCAAAGGUCCUGACAUGAGGAUCUUGGUCCCUUGGGAAAAAAAGGUGUGAGCAAUAAACUAGUUGUCGUCAAAAAAA